AUGGUGGCAUCUAAUGCUACGGAAGUGCUUCAGCAUAGCACUUACCAGCAAUACAAGAAAAAUACUUCAACACUCAUUCGAUGGAUCGUAACCACAGCUUCUUCAUGCGCCAUUCCUAUCGCUCCCAAGCCAAUCAACAAUAAUCCAAAGCACAAGAGGAAGGCAGCAAAGAAUGCUCGAACUGAGAAUGCGAAAGCCUUCCCCUCCGAGAUUAGUACAUCGAAACUCGUAUCCCUCUCGACCGCAAUCGCAGAGGCGGAGCAGUCCGUGCCAGACUCUAUCUAUGUUCUCUUUGACUCGGUGAUUGGUGCUCGGACUGCUGCGCACGAUAUCUGGAAGGCUCUAUCUAUCAAUCACCCAGAUCCAGAUGUGGAGAAGAGCAAUGAGGGUCAUUGGGCGUUCAUAGUAGCGUUGCAAUCCGCAUUCGACGCCCUCGGCGGUGCUAUCUGGAGAAAAAGUCAUGAAGAUGAUCGGAAUGCCAAGAGGAAGGCUAGGGAAGAGGAAAGAUCUAAAGCUCUUGCUACAUUGAAAUCUGAGGCCGGGCCAGAAGGCGUAGAUCCAGCGUUUGAGUUUAUGAACAAAUUUGAUGGCCUAGAUGUUCAGAGCUUGCCCAUCGAAGACGAGGCGGUAUUGGACGAAUUGGCAACGCAAAGCGCCUCGCCAACCACGGAAGUGACAGCUACCGAUCCCCCAGCACCAGCAGCAGCGAAAGGCAAGCGGAAGGGCAAGUCCAGCCGUGUUCCUACGGAGCCUUUAGAUAAAUACAAGGUCAAAUCGGAAACAGAAGCCUAUUUUGCCGUAUGCUUCUUCGUCAGAGAUAUCAUUCACCUCAGGAAGUACAUGAGAAACAUCUGGCGUCAAGUUGGUUUGGGCCAGUUCCACUGUGCAGUCGCUGGAGCGUUAAGCAAUAUGGCUGUGGGCAUGAUGCGGUCACUGCAGUAUGAGCUGGCCAUGGACUAUCCCGCAUGCACCCAUUUCUGCGAGAUAAUCAACCAGCUAGUCCGAAAUGGUAACUACGUGAUCAUUGGAGCCACAGCGCCCUCGAGUACAACAGCAAAGAGCAAGGUGAGUUCGAAGCAAGUUGCGCUCAACGCAAAGGGAGACAUGGGCGCGAUCGAGGAAUCGUUGCUCCUCACAACCCACAACGAUCUUGUGAGCUUUGUCACCGACUACCGCAAGAACCGCAACGGCAAGCCUAGCUCUACGUUUGCGAAGAUGAGCUGGAACCCGAAUUUCAGAGACACACAGUUCACCCUUGCUGCGGAUAUGACACCCCAGAACAUUCGCAAAUGGAAAGCAGACUAUACGAUUUCCUGGCUGUACGAUCUUGUAAACACGUAUGCCAUGAAGAGACUCAUCAAGGGUAAGUCACAGAUGCAAAAUCCCGAGAAUUUGGAUUGGAAGAUUGAGGACUCGGUCGAAUGCGAAUGGACAAACCGACCUCUCUGGGGGCCAAUGGAUUUUGCACGCGACUUGACGGUUCUAGCAAUGCAAAAGCCUGGCGCUCCAAUUGAAUCAGAACUGAAGCCACACCAUAUUUUGCAACUUCAGAUCGCAGUUGAUUCCAUGUUCUGCGCCAAGCGAUGGGCCGCUCAGGACGUACCUCCAAUUGAUUGCUUUGGGUCGACUAGCUCGACGCUUGUUUGGGACUUUGCGAAUGACGUCGUGGAGAUACGAAGCUUUCGCGAACAGUGGGUCGAGGCUACGGAGCUCCUGCUUGAGGAGUUCAAGACAGACAGAGAAAGAAAAGGCGACCCUACAGAAUGGAGUCAUCCGAUCAUUUAUCUGGACAUCAUGAUGAAAGAAGCUCUCUUACUCGGCGAGACUCCACUCGAUUUCCUUCCUGAAGCGCCUCGUUCACUUUUCUCGAAGAGCUCAAAAAAUGGGCUCUGGCUUUACUCGCCAUAUCUAUGCGGUACAGGGAUGGUGGAGAUGCUCAAUAUGUCCUAUGACUGGGGCACCAAAUGCUGGGACCGAUCCGGAUAUAUGCAAGCCUUCUUCCAUCUAUACAACAUGCUACUUCAGAAUGGCCAUAUCAAGAAAAGUAUCACUCUCCUCGAACGGGUGAUAGAGAUCUUCAAAGACGACAUCUUCCGCGGCGGGCAACGUCCCACUAAAAACUUCUUCGACUCUUUCAAACUCAGCAUAGAUAUCCGAGCGCAGUAUCUAGGCGAUUACACAAAAUUGCGCCGCCGGAAAGUAGGUGUGCAGAGAGAAGGUUCCAUCUUCCGCGACAAAGGCAAGCCGAAUGAUCACAGCUUGUACACCAAACAAAGCAAACUGUUCGCUCUUAGCCAAGCGAACUGGCUCGUCAGCAAACUGGAUCAGUCGAAGUUCCCGUCUCUUGCGGCUCACACCCACAGCGUGACCGACAUCCUCGAUCUCCUAGUGUCAGAUCUUACAGAAGACAUUACUGGCCGCACCCCAGUGGCAACUUUGAAUUACAAUAAACUUCUCCGCACUGUAUCAGUCAUAUAUUGUGGGCUCGAUAAAGUCACAAAGGACAUGCCAUCGGCAAAAGCGAUCCUUGCCGAACUGAUGGACGACUCUAAGACCACCCCGCCCAGCAUGCACGACAAGAUUCUCUCACUAGCCUUCUGCUCUCCUACCGUGAUAGUUCAAGACAUGCGCAAUGAGCGGCUCGACUCGCCCGUCUUAGCGCGCAUGGGUUCUCAUCUUUCCAAGAUGUGCGACAAGAUGGGCCCCGAACUCGAGCGCUCUCUCGUGUAUGGCGAAGAGGCUGGAAAAAUCCCGGAGCAUGUGCUAGCAGAUAUUAGACCUGGGAACCGGAAAGUUCUGGCGGAAGGUUCGCAAGGUGGAGAGUUCUUGCGCAGCAAGAAGAUGCUGGAGUUGAGAGAGGCGAGCCCGCAGAUGUACGAGGCUCUGGUGGCUGCGACGGCGGGGAUGGAGGUCGGGAGUUGCGCGAACUGUGAGCAUUGUAGGAGGGGAGUGAAGAUUGAGAAUUCGGAUGAUCUGCUUGGACAAUUGAUCAAGAAGGUCACGAGCGACUAG